GCGUUUCUCAAUUACGCAUAGCCCGCGUUCGUUCGGAAGAAGGGAAGAGAAAGCGAUAGAGACCGUUCUUCGUUCUUUCUUCUCUCCCUUCUUCUUCUUCCCUUCCGUCUUCUUACGAAUCUAUUAAUUGCGCUCCACUUUUCUUUCUCUAUCAGAUAUCUCAGAUCCGAUCACCUCAUUCUCUUUCUUUCUUUCUUGCGGUUCCGAGGUUGAUCUCCGACGACCCCGGCCUCGUCUACAUCGGGGGGCGACGAUCCUUGGUUUAUCGACAAAUCGCGCGCGUCCGCGACGGUAUUUCGACAGGAUCGGCCGUUUAUGGCGUCAUCGGCACCUAGACCUGGCUACCCCGGCCAUCCUCAGGGGCCACCCGACGCUCUAGCUGCGGGUAUUCAGAACCUGUACGUGACUCGCCCUAACGCGCCGGUUACUCGUCCUAACGCGCCGGUUACUCGUCCUGCGCCCUUUGCCGGCGCCGGAUCCUCCCCAAUGCCCAUCGCUCGCACGGACGCACCUACGUACGCUCCUCCUCUUCGGGGCGUGUCGCCUCCGCCGUUUGUGACGGGGAAUAUUGGGCCUGGUCGACCGAUGGGGUUCGCUCAGCCGCCUCCUCCGGCCGCGUCUAGGCCGGCCCGUUCUCCGCUUCGCCGCCGUCAAGCGGUCCGACGGCUAUAAGUAACGGACCAGCAGCGUUUGUGCCUCCUGGAUCUCGAUUUCCUCCUACCGUGCAGGGUCCGCCUGGUUUGGCGCGUGGGCCUCCGCCGCCACCCGGCGUACGUCCGAUGGCUGAUAGUCAGAACGUUCCCGGCAUCCUGCCGCAGGUUCAACAGUCUCGCGCCCCAUUUUUAGGUGGCAGCCAAGGAGUACCGGGUCCAAUGAUGCAGCCCCAGGCGACGCCGUUCGUGGGCGCUAGUCAUGCUUCAGUUGCCCCACCGAUGCAAGCAGCCCCAGCGCCAUUCAGCGGUGGCCAAUCUGGUUCACCCACUAUGCGGCCGCCUGCACCUCCGUUCUUGGGAGCUACUCAGAGCGUACCCCCGUUGAUGCAGGCACCUGCAGCACCAUUUAUGGGUAGCAGCCAACCCAUGCCACCUCCCAUGCAACAGCCUCCUCCGCCAUUUGUAGGUGGUAGUCAAGUCAUGCAUCCGCCACCACCACCCACGUCCUUACCGGACGGCUCCCAACCAUGGCCGAGUCAGCUCGCUCAGACUCCACAAGUUCCAGUUUUGGGUGGAAGUAUGCAGACGCUACGAAUGUGUAGUCCUGGAGCACCACCUCCUCCAAACCAACCUGUUCCUCUUGGGCCACCUGGUAUGGGUCAUCCACCAGGAACUGGACUACUGGGCAUGACGCGAGCAGGUUCUCCUGUUGGUGCAUCUCCAAUGGCAGGGGCUUCUAAAAUUGACCCAACCCAGAUGCCUCGACCAUUACCCACUUCCUCCAUGAUAACAUUUGAAACCCGUCAGAACAAUCAAGCAAACCUUCCCCCGCCUGCCACAAGUGACUAUGUGGCCAGAGAUACAGGGAAUUGCAGCCCACGGUACAUGAGAUGUACCAUGAAUCAGAUUCCUUGCACCAGUGACCUUUUGUCAACAUCAAGCAUGCCAUUGGCUCUGCUGGUUCAACCUUUAGCAUUUCCUCAUCCUUUGGAGGAGCCUAUCCAAGUUGUGGAUUUUGGGGAAGGUGGACCUGUUCGCUGUUCUCGUUGCAAGGGUUAUAUCAAUCCUUUCAUGAAGUUCAUUGAUCAUGGGAAACACUUUAUUUGCAAUCUUUGUGGUUUUACUGAUGAGACACCUCGCGACUAUUACUGCAAUUUAGGACCCGAUUGUAGGCGUCGGGAUGCUGAUGAAAGGCCUGAAUUGUGCCGGGGAACCGAUGAAUUUGUUGCCUCAAAGGAAUACAUGGUUCGUGAUCCAAUGCCUGCUGUUUUUUUCUUCCUUGUGGAUGUCUCCAUGAAUGCCAUUCAAAGUGGGGCAACUGCAGCAGCUUGCAGUGCAGUGGCUCAAAGCAUUAAUGACCUUCCUGAGAGUCCUCGGAACAUGGUUGGUUUUGCAACAUAUGAUUCAACUGUUCCACUCCCAGUCGCUCUCCUUUUCGUUCCUUUCCCAAAGCCGUGCAGCGGGCGCCACCAGCUCCAGCGACGAGGUCUCCGACCUUCUCAGCCGGGUGAAAAGACAUUUCCUGAAUAUCUCUAGCCUAGGCGACUCGUGGAUGGAGAGCCAUUCUUGAAGGCUGAGUAAAUUACGUUGUUGCUCUUGGAUUUACUGGCAAAGAAGCCAAGGUCGUUGCAUCCCUGUACUUUCGCUUUCUUCUUCAUCCUCUUCGAAUUGGGAAAACCCUCUGCGGAAACCGUCUCUGCUUCAUCCCCUCCUGUUGACGUACAGGAGCAGCAGCAGAAGGAGGAGGACGAAGAGAUUGCUUGAAAUAGGCGCGUAAGGCUUUCGGUGCUUUCCUUGACGACGCCUCAAGUGGGGACAGGAGGGUGGGAGGCAGCGACAGAUGGCGGCGGCCGCACCCGGGCAGCUGAACCUCGAUGAGUCUCCCUCGUGGGGAUCGCAGAGCGUCGAUUGCUUCGAGAAGCUCGAGCAGAUCGGCGAGGGCACCUAUGGCCGCAGGCACUUCUGGAUAAAUGUAAGGGCGGAUGCAUUCAGUGGAGAGUUGGAGCACAAGUCAAAGAUCUAAAUUGACACAGGGUUGCCCUUUCAAGCAACCACACUUUAGGAAUUGUUUAUUUCUGUAAUUAAACUAGUAGCAUCACUCUUGAAGAACCUUUUGACUUGUUUCUAUUUGAGGUAGCAUCACUCAGUGCUUUACCACCUUAUUAUUGUUAUUGUUUCCAGUUUAUAUAGAGGUAAUGUGCGUUUAUAUAGAGGUAAUGUGCACCUGAGAUGCAGUUAUUUUUGCUUUCAGCUUUGAUCGACAUGCUUUGGAGUUGUUGGAGCGGAUGCCAACUCUUGACCCAUCUCAGAGGAUAUCUGCAAAAGAUGCACUUGAUGCUGAGUGUUUCUAGUGUGAUCCGUUGCCAUGUGGCCCGAAAAGAGGAUAUCUGCAAAAGAUGCACUUGAUGCUGAGUGUUUCUAGUGUGAUCCGUUGCCAUGUGGCCCGAAAAGAGGAUAUCUGCAAAAGAUGCACUUGAUGCUGAGUGUUUCUAGUGUGAUCCGUUGCCAUGUGGCCCGAAAAGGUACAAAAUCUUUUGUUCAUGCCAAGUGUCACAAUUGACGGCCUUUUGUUAGCCGGUUCUGGCCUUCCUCUUAGUUUGCCCAAAUACGAGUCAUCUCAUGAGUUCCAGAGCAAGAAGAAAAGACAACAGCAAAGGCAGCACGAAGAAACAGCCAAGAGGCAAAAAUUACAGCAUCCUCAACAGCAUCAACGUUUGCCGCCAAUUCAGCAGCCAGGGCAACCGCAUAUGCAAAUCAGGCCUGACCCUAACCAAUGCCCCACCUCAAGUUGUUGGUGGGCCAAGUCACCACUACAAUAAGCCUCGGGGACCUCCAGGAGGACAGAACAGGUAUCCUCAAGGCGGAAACCCAAGUGGUGGAUACAAUCCAAAUCGUGGUGGCCAAGCUGGUGGAUAUGCUACUGGACCUUAUCCACCUCAAGGCCGAGGUCCUGGUUAUGCUGGAACCAGUAUGCCUGGAAACAAGAAUGUGUGAUUUUCUCUUCGAUGUUUAUCAUAGCUUGACUGGCGAUGAUGAACUUGUCAGUAUAUGGAUGGGUUAUGUGGGUUUUGUCUUGUGACUAGAAUCUUCGUAGUAGCUAUGCAGUCCAAUUUCAUGAUA